GUUGGUGGUGGUGGUGGUGGUAAUCAGAAUGAUAAUUCACUUCAUGAUAAUUUGGAGUCUCAUCACCAUUUACUUCAACAUCCACAUCAACGUCAUCUUUUCAAUGUUGAAUCAAUGGUUGAUAAAAGUGUCUGUGGCAGACUCAAUCUGUCUGUUGAAGGUAAUUCAGGACAUGAUUCAAUUAAAGAUUGUGGUUCCUGUGGGAGUGGUGACAGUUCACCAGUUUCAAUUGUUAAUGAUAAAGUUGAUGUUGACUCGUCGACACUUAAUAAUGUUGAUCAAAGAACCAGGAAACCUCAAUGUGCUCGAUGUCGUAACCAUAAUGUUCAAUCAGAUCUUAAAGGUCAUAAGAGGUUUUGCAAGUUUAAAGAUUGUGUCUGUGCUGAUUGCUUGAUAACGGAGGAGAGGCAAAAGGUCAUGGCUAAACAGGUCGCUCGAAGGAGACAGCAAGAAGAUGAUCUGAAAAACGGACGAAUGCCAACGAUUCCAACAGCUCCGAUUAAGCGGCCUUUCUACAAAGAAUCAACCAGUGAAUUUGAACCUAAGUCAAAGUUGAGCAAAAACAACAGUAACAAUGAAAGCAACAACACCCACCACAGCACCACCAUCAAUACAAAUACCACCACGACUCACAACAAUACCAAUAACACCACCACCGCCAGCAGUAAUAACAGUAAUUCGAAUCACAAAGAACAAGAAAUAUCAUUUGAUAAAUUAAUACAAACCUCAAGUCAAUUCCAGAAUAUACUUAACACUGUGGGCAACGAAACUGUUUACCUUCCUGGUUAUGGCUUUCGUACGAGAUAA